AUGCCCAUGAUCUCGGAAUCCGACGCAGAACUGGCAGCGUACCUGUCUUACGGCGAGCCACCUUCCAACAAUUUAUUAUCCGCCGCCGACGAAAACCCAGCUCCGAACAUAAUAAACACUCUGCCACUAGAAUUGCUUUCCAAGAUCUUUCAUGCCUUUUCCAUACAGCAUCUCCCUACACAAGCCCUGCGGGUCGCAGGGGUCUGCCGCUUGUGGCGAGACGUCUCCUACGCUACUCCUGAACUAUGGGAUCGGUUGCAUAUCAGAGCUCUUCCAGAUGGACGUCUCGUCCCCAACCUAAAUCUCAUAAAGCUCUUACUGGCUCGCUCUGGGAUACGUCCCCUUGACAUCACUAUGGAUUGCCAACGUAAUCUAUUGGCCGAUCAGGGCCAAUCCAAUGGGUUGAGGAGCUCGCAGAAUAUCGCUCUUCCCGUUCUCCUUGAGCAUGCAAGCCGCUGGCGGAAGAUCGACUUCACCCUCGCUGAUCUCGACCAAAAGACUUGGGAUGCACUAGGGAACGCAUCCCCGUCGUUGCUUGAGGAUGCAGAAAUAAAAGCCCGUAUAACUCUCCAGCAAUCACAGCUGAACGCCCUCUCGAGGAUGUUGUCAUCCUGCACUCGGCUCACGCGGUGGGUAUGGUCCCACCCCUUGCAUGCACGUCUAGGUGUCCAGGUACCUUGGCACCAAUUAACGACGCUGUGGUUGCACUGCCCAAUAUUAUUCCCGUUGCUGGUGGACAUCCUCAGUCAAAGCACUUCGUUAACAGCCUGUUUGGCUGUUGCAGUUUUCAAGGAUGGCUUUAUCGAUAGCUCAACCCUUCCUGUGGUUCGACUCCCAUUUCUGAUAUCUCUCGACAUACGCAUCUAUACCGACUCUCCCACCGUGCCGCAGCUUUUCGACGCUCUCACUCUUCCUAGCCUCACCAAGCUUACCAUAACCAUCCCGAUAGGGAGCACCACUAUUCCCGCCUGGCCUCGGACACAAUACCUCUCCUUCAUUGCCCGCUCAAGAACCUCACUCGCAACACUCAUACUAGAGAAGGUUAACAUCUCCGAGGACGAUAUAAUCGCUUGCUUGGAGCAAUCGCAGCAGACUCUCACCAGGCUCUCUAUCUCUGGCAGAAUUGUACGGAAUGUCUGCGACAAACUCCUUCAGAGGCUCACUAUCGCCGAAGCCCCCACACUCCCCGGUGCAACCGACGAACAUGUUGGGGUGGGGUUAGGGCUGUGCCCACAUCUCGAGAGCAUUCAGUUUAUGGAUGGUUGCCUUUGGUCGUCGGAUGGGCUACUGGGUGAAAUGGUUCGUUCUCGGUUUCAUCCCGAUAACAUCUUUCGGCAUGGUUUAUGGCAGUUAAGCGUGGAUUUCACCAUAAGCGUUGACCAAGAACAUGCUGUGGAUAAAGAGAUUCUUGUGCAGUUAGCAGAAGAAGGGCUGAGCAUGCGAUUUGACGACAUACCUGGUCAGAGGUUGGCUAUUGGAUGGGUUCAAUAG